GACUAUAUUUUUUCAAACUGCUUUUAAACAAAAAUUAUUUUUCGGGAAUUCACAUUCCCGUCUUAUAUUACCUAAACUUUAUACAUGACCUGUUGUCGUAAUCAAUAUAACGCUUUGAAAACAUGUGGAGAUGACAAUAACAAACUUAUAUUGGUCCUGAUGGAGCAUGAAUGAUUGUGAAGCUUACAACGAGAGACCCGAUCAUGGAACAAAAGAAUGCCAUCCAGGGCGAUUUUAUGACUGGUCCUGUAACCGCUUUACACACUGUCGGAGACAAUAUCGUGUUGGCAGGAAUUGGAAGCUAUCUUCAUUCUUUUGUUAUUUCGGAACAGAAGAGCAAUAGCUGUCUGUUAGUUUUGCCAUGUCGCUGUAUUCAUGGAAUAAGAGAAUUUACCAAUGAGACAGAUGUUCAUACUUUUGCUGUGUUUGGUGAAAAGUGUGUCACCGUUGUGGACUACCAUUCAGCAGCACAAAGCGGUAAAAAUGGAGGUCCUCUGGAUCAUAGUGACUAUUCCAUCACCAGAACAACAAGAGCACAAAUGUCCGAGUUUGAAGACUGGAUUUGGGAUGCUGUGUUUUUAAAACCUAAAGAUAGCUGUCAUUUGGCCUUGGCUCUGGGACAUAACUCUGUGAUUUUAUGGGACUGGAAACAUGCACGGCUGGUGGAGAAAGUCUCGUGUGUGGAGUCCUGUAUACUAUACUCUGCCAAGUUUAUUAACACACAAUGGGACUGUCUAAUUUUGGCUGCAGGAACUGUGUUCAAUGAGAUAUUGCUAUGGUCACCAAAAGGUCAAAGGUCCCAGUCUGGUCAUGUGAAUGUGAUAAAAAGUCUAAAGGGACACCAGGGUGUCAUUUUUUCUGUGGACUUCUCUCACCAGAAGCAGAUGAUGUGCUCUGCCUCGGAUGAUCGCAGUAUCCGACUUUGGCAGUUUUCAUUUGAUAACCAUUCUAAUCUUCAUGAAACUGAAAUUCCUCUGGAAUCAUGGGAGAACAGUAGCUGUACUUGUGUGCAUGUGUUGUAUGGACACUCAGCCCGGGUCUGGGACGUCAGACUACUGACCUGUACACUGGUCAGUGUGGGAGAGGAUUCCACAUGCUGUGUUUGGAACUAUGAAGGAGAUGUUCUACAAAAGUUCAAAGGUCAUAGGGGAAAAAGUAUUUGGAGUUUAUCUGUGGAUGAGAAGGAAAGAUAUGUGGUGACUGGUGGGGGAGACACCAGUGUACGCCUCUGGUACUUAUCCUCAAGGUCAGAGAGGUCAAAUUACAUCACACAAUCUCUGCAGCUACAGCAGACUUCAUCGGAGAAGGAAGAAGACUACCCACGUUCAGUGAGUCUGCUGAAUUACAAUGAAAUCAUCAUCAUCACCAAUAAAGGGUUUCUUUACCUGCAUGACAUUGAAAAAGAAAGAUGGCUGACAUUAAUGAAUGAUCCAGACUACAGGUCAUAUACAGUGAUGUCUGUAGCUCCAGCACAGCAGAGCUGUGUAGUGCUGGGAAAUAUCCAUGGAAAGCUCAGAAUUUUCCUAGCAGAGGGUUCUCAGCCUGUUUGGAAAAGUAAGGACUGGGACAUCUAUGAUGGGAAAAUAAUGAGCAUUCAUUGGUUGUCUGGUACCCGGCUCCUGACCACAGGGCCAGAGGGGGGCAUUAAAUUAUGGAAUUUUGAUGCUGAUACAUUGAACUUGGAGCUUGAUGAACAGUACAUAUUACCAGAAUGUAAGCAGCGAUGGGUGUCGGCAGCUUCUGUCAGUCACGGCUCAUUGAUUUGUGGAGACAGAGGUGGAACCAUUCAUGUAUAUCAACUAGGAAGUGAAUUUAGGAACCCAUCUCAAAGUUUUCCAAAAAUUCAUGGAAAGACUGGAGUGACGAACAUUAUCUGUCACAAAGGUAAUGUGUACACGAGUGGGAGGGACGGCUGCUACCGGGUGUUCAGUCAUGACGACAGUCACAUGACCCUCCUAAACACUCAUCGCGUUUACAAAGGAUUCGAGUGGAUUGACAAGCUGCAAAUAGCUGACGAUGGAGCCGAUUAUCAUAUAUUCGGAUUUCAGUCUAGUGACUUUGUGCUGUGGAGCGUGAACAGGAACCAGAAACUCCUUCAGAUUCCGUGUGGAGGCGGGCACAGGUCAUGGGACUGCUCCAUCAGGGGAGAGCACUUCAGAUUCGUCUAUCAGAAAACUCGUGAAGUCGUGGUGUGUGACACCAGACUGGAGCAGAAUCAGCUCAAGUUAAAGAAUGCUCUCCAUGGAAGGGAGAUUACUUGUAUUAAAUUACUGGAUGCAAACACAGAAGGAUGCAUUGUUGCUACAGGGAGUGAAGACACCAGUGUCCAGAUAUCAGCAAUCAGAUGUAAUGAAUUUGGAGUGAAGGAAAUGGUUUGCCUAGAGCAUUUGAGUGGACACAUCUCUAGUGUGCGGGCACUCAGUUUAUGUCCGUCCUCCAAAGACUCAAUCAGCAAGAAGUCUACACUGAUGUUCUCUGCGGGCGGUCGAGCCCAGUUGUUGGUCUGGAGACUGACCAUUCAAGACUCUACCUCCGUUGUAACAGAGAAUCUAUGCAUGCAUAUGAUUGGCCAAACACAAAGAAAAGGCAAAACCAGGAUGUGGAAACUACAACAGAUCAAACUGAACCCAGAAACCAGGUUCAUGGACUUGAGCAGUGUUCAGCUUUCUAGUGUAUGGUCUGACUUUCCAGCUCAUUUGCACCUCCUGGCUUCUGCUUGCUCAGAUGCCUUCGUUAGGUUUUAUAUUUUUAAUGAAGAAAAAACAGAGUUGAUACCAUUUCUGGAAUCCUCCCUUCAUGAACACUGUGUGUUAAAGGUCUGUUGUCUAAAGAGAGAGUGCGGGUCAGAUUCUGUAAUAUACAUUCUAUCUGCAGCAACUGACGGCUGUAUUGCUUUCUGGAAAGUAAACAAAAAGGACAUACAUGAAACUGGUAAAAAAUUCUCACAACCAAAUCUUGAUACCGGUAAUAGGAUAUUUGAAACAUGCUCUUUUGUGAAAUGUGACAUACAUGAAUCUUCAGCAAACAAUUUCAAUCUCAGGGAAGACUUACUGGAUAAGGAGUCUAUGUGGGGUGUAUUGCCCUCAAAUCAUAAACAACAUAUACUUAAAAGUGAUGAUAGAAAUGACUCGCAGUGCAGUGAUGAAGGCCAAGUCAGCAAUAAAGAACACGAUAGUGGAAUGUCCGUAGCCAAUAUGGAGUCCAAUUCAUCAAAGGAGAACAGUAUCCAAAGAACAAAGCAUGUGUUUUUCAUGAAACAUCAUCAGUCUGGUGUGAAUGGGUUGGAUUAUAUACAUCUACAAGAUGAUGAUUACCUGAUAGCUAGCGGUGGAGAUGACAAUGCCCUCGUAGUUACAUCAGUCAGGAUCAACAGUGAAGGCGUAAAGGUCAUCACAACAGGGUCGUGUUUAUGUGCUCAUUCAACAGAAAUUACAGGUGUGAAGUUCUUGUCGCCCUCCAAACUGAUUUCGGUAUCCAUCGACCAAAGACUGAUACUGUGGAGCGUUAACAUUACAGAGAGUCGCAUACAGCUACAGCAGAUGAGCUGUAAAUUUGUGUGUGUUGCUGAUAUAUCAAACAUAGACUGUCAGAAAUUAAACAAUGACCUAUUUACAGUUGUUAUAUCUGGAGAGGGCUUAGCAACCUGUCAAAUUCAUGGUAUGUGUAUCGUUGUUGUAAAUUAAAAAGAAAGAGUUCAUCAAUCAACAUGGCAGAUAAAAAGCAAUAUUGUGCUUUCAUCAAUAUUCAUUGCAAUUGGCAUCAAUUUUAGUGGAUUUAAUAUAAAAUAAAAGAUGACACAUGUCAUACUUGGUUUGAAUUUUACCAGAUUAGAUUGCCAAAAUGAUGGAUCAUUA